CCUGCAAAGCCAAGCAGGCGACUCCAGGCCGGUCCACGGACUUCAAACCCUCCUGCGUUCCCUAUAAACUCGCGCACGUUUCCUCUCCCAGAAAUCAAACCUUGCCUAGAUGGCAGCUCCGCCUUCUCAGCUGUUGCUCCAACCUCUUCCUGUUUCCGUCCCUAUUAUCAACCCGGAUUGCCGGAGUGGAGGCGCUCACCGGAGCGCCCCAGGCUGGGGGUUGCAGGCGUCCUUCUAGUCGCGACGCCUCCUUAGCUCACCUUUCCGGCUUACCUGCCCAGGGAUCGGGACCCACUGGGCGGCCGGAGGACUUUCCUUGUGCUCCGAGAAGUCGACAUGUCCCCGGGACGCCUUUUGCCCUGAGCUCUUUAGUGCGCGUCCAUCACAACCAUGGCCGGAGCCGGGAUCCUGGCUGGGGAGCUCAGAGUGGAGCUGCAAGAGCACCUGGUCUGUCUAAGGAAACAAAGAGAAGAAGCCAAGGCUGAUGAGCAGAAAAUCAAGAAGCUGUUGAAGCGAAUAGAUGCUGAGAAGCGGGAAAUCAUGCGGGAGUGGAAGGCGUUUGGGGCAUACCUGGAAGAGCAGGAGCAACUCCUGCUGGACUGGCUGGUGGAGCUGGACAGGAGCCUCACGCAGAAAAGAGAGGGCAGCAUCUCCCGGCUCUCCACGGAGAUCCUCCUGCUCGACGAUCUGCUCAGUGGAAGGAGAGGGGAGAAAGAACAGCUAAUGCCAAAUGGCUCCGUACAGGCCUUCAGGAGCACCGAGACCAGUAAAGAGGAUGACACAUCCCUGCAAUCGGAGCUCAGCUUCGAGGAGCUGGAACAGAGGCUUGAUAGUUUUUCUCAGAGGAAGGACACCCUGCAAGAUCUCAUGCUUGAAUUUAAAGAGACUUUACGGCUAGAACUGGAGGCUGAUGGAGGUGUCAGAAUAACAUCCCUGUCUCCCUCCAGAGGGUCCUCUCCUCAUGAAGAACGGCCAAUAACUGGUUUGGAAGAAGGAGUUUUGCCUGCAGCAGAGAGAACUCAGGCUUCGGUGGUCUUGUCUCUGGCAGCUGAAGACACUGGCAUGGAGACUCGGACUUCUAAGGAACCAGUGGUGCCACAGAUAAGCAGAGGCCUAGAGGAUCGAAGGGAGGCUGGAGACAACAUGGAGCCUGAAGCUACAAUUCAAGUACUGGAAUGGGAAAACCCUAAAGAAGGGGAGAUGCCUGUGAGUGCACGUUGUGGGGCCAUUUUACAGAACCUCGAAAAGGAGGAAUCAUUCAAGGUUGCAUACAGCACAAGAAACAAUUCUGUGGAAAUACAGGGCAAUAAAAACCACCAAGAAUCCCAAAUGUGGUCUAAUAUAUGUGCAGAAAAGAAACCUCAUAGGUGUCCUGCCUGUGGGAAGAGCUUCCGCCGGUUUUCAACCCUUAUUACCCACCGGCGCAUCCAUACCGGAGAGAGGCCUUAUGAAUGCCACCAGUGUGGGAAAAGCUUUAACCAAACCUCCAACCUUUUUCGACAUUUGAGAAUCCAUUCAGGCGAGAAACCCCAUGCUUGCCCUGAAUGUGGAAAACGGUUCAGUUUUGCCUCAGAUGUUGCCAAACACCGAAAAAGCCACACAGCAGAAAAAUUUGUGACAUGUUCUGUAUGUGAUAGAGGUUUCAGAGACCGCUUAACCCUAGCCAAACAUCAGCGGACUCAUGGAAGUGCAAAAGCCUACAAGUGUCCUGACUGUGGCAAAGGUUUUAGGUUUAAUUGUUUCCUCAUGGCACAUCGGAGGAGGCACACAGGGGAGAAACCAUACAAAUGUGCUGAGUGCGGGAAAAACUUCUGUUCUCACUCAGCCCUUCUUACUCAUUGCAGAGUCCACACCGAUGAGAAACCUUAUAAAUGUUCUGACUGUGGCAAGAGCUUCAGUCAGAAUUCAACUCUGAAGACUCACAGGAGAGUUCAUACAAAUGAGAAACCCUAUGAAUGCCCAGAUUGUGGGAAGUGCUUCAGCCAGAGUUCCACUCUUAUUAAACAUGAGAUAAUCCACACAGGUGAGAAACCCUACCUGUGCACUGAAUGCGGCAAGAGCUUCAAUCGCAGCUCAGCUCUUCUAGCACAUAAAAGAAUCCAUACAGGAGAGAAGCCUUUUGAAUGCCCUGACUGUGGGAAAAGCUUUACUCAGAAUGGACAUCUUAAUAGGCACCGCAGAGUCCACACCAAAGAUACAGGAAGUCAAUGAAGGAGUCUCUGCUGAGGCAGGAAAUGGAAACCACUGCUUAUUAAUGGAGCCAGAGUUGAAGAUGCUUGAUCAGAUGGUCCAUUGGCUAUUCAAGCUCUUGCAGGGCCAUUUGGAACAAAGGAAGUGCUGUCAUUGGGGCUGGGGAAAGUUUUGUUUUGAAUGCAUAGGCAUUAAAGAAGUUGCACAUCUGCAAUGGGAGGAGCAAAGCCCCCUCCCCCAAAGCAACCAUUUACCCCAUUAAUAUUAUCUGUGAUGGGAUUGCUUACCUGGCCGUUUGCCUCUCCUUUCUCCUUAUUUUUCUUUCUGGUUAUUAUCAAUAUAUUUAAUUCUCAACAUGGCUGGAUCUGUGAAACUUAGAUCUGAGGACUGGUGACACAAACAGGUGAGAAAAGAUGUCUAUAUUUGCAGAAAAAUCUUAACUCUUAAAAAACAGCAGCAUUGGAAGGGCAACCCUCUUCCCUUUGCCCUGCCCCCCAGAUACUAAAAGCAGUACAUGUGGCUUUAAGAAAUGAAGCCUUCAGUGGCCAUUGCAGGGCAACCACAUAAGAACAAGCCAGCUGGAUCAGACCAAAGUCCAUCUAGUCCAGCUCUCUGCUACUCGCAGUGGCCCACCAGGUGCCUUUGGGAGCUCACAUGCAG